AUGGAUCUUUCUGUUAAGCAACGCCUGAAGCUCUGCAAGGCAGAAUUCGAUGCUUGCUUUAGGCAGCUGCAAUAUGAUAAGGCGUUACGCGCCAUAUGUCAUGCAAUAGAGAUUACUCCAGAUGAUGUAAGCUUAUAUCUUAAUAGAGCACAGUGUUACACCCAAAUGGGCUUAACCCAAAAGGCCACCGAAGAUGCACUCUAUGUAAUUGCAGCAGAACCAAACGAUCACAGAGGAUACCGCAGUAGAGCAGACGCACUCCUUUAUCAGGGUGAAUUUGAAUUUUCACUCAUUGACUAUUAUCAUUGUAUUGAAAUGCGGCCUGAUCUGGUAGACCACGAGACGGGCGUCAAGCGUUGCGAAGAUGCAGUGAAAAAGGCAAUUUUAUAUGAUGACAAAGAUAUAGAACUCAUUCUAGAACUGUUGGAGCUUGGGGUAAUUGUUGAGGGCACCGUCUCUCAUUCUUCGACUAAGGGGUUUUCCUUAUGGACCCCGCCAGAACUUCCUGAAGAAGAGGAUGUCGAGGGUUCACAAUCUCUUGGCAAUUUUCUGGCUCCAUUAACCGACGAGAACCUUUCGAAAGAUCUGCGGAUACAGCAAAAACGCAAACCCGUAGACAACAUUAUAGUGCAAAGGCCUAAAACAACUCGACCGAAGAGCAGCCGUCUGCCCUUCUUUGAUUUAGGAGCAGAUAAGGACUUUCUUCGCGAAUUACAAUCGUUUCCGUUAGUCAAGGAUCUUGCCGCGAUGGGUACUGAAUACAUUGACCAACGAGAGCAAUACUGGGGUCAAUUGGCCAAGAAGGGGUAUAGCUCCGAUCACAACUCGCGCCGGCCUAACUCUGUCAAAGCACGGCCAAAGAAGGAAUCAAUUCCAACCUCAUCUGAGCGCUCUCACUCAGCAAAAGUGCCUGAUACACUUUCAUACAAUCGGCGAAGACUCUUGGAAGCGACAAAGUCCGGAUCUAACAUCAAGAAAUUAGUCCCCUACACCUCUAAAGCGGUCGAAAUGGCGCAUGGUUCCCCUGCUGCUUCUCCAAAGCGAUCACGUAGUCCAGUGGCGAGUCAGGCACCUGAGUCAUCAUCAGGGGCGUCAGGAUUACAUUCACAGAUUGCUGCAGCUGUUGCCAUGAGUGCACGACUCCAAAUGCUCCAGAAUGCUCAGGGCCUUUCAUUGGAAGAAGCGCCUCCCACAGAUACCCGUGUCUCAGACUCUAUUUCAAACACAGAUACCGAUCAGUGUUUGUUUGACGAGCAUAUCGUACGAGCAGGAGCACACAUUAAGCAGCGGAGUUCGUCUGAAUCUACAAGGUCGACUUUAGACACAAAACCCCCCAUCGAUCCAUAUCUUCAGGUGACAAAGAAGGUUAACAAAAACACUCACCUCAUGCAUAAUACGCCCAACCACAGACCUUCUACCUCUAAGGCCGCAUCUGUAACGAAAAAGCCUUCGUCUGCAUCGCGUCCACCCAAAACACGGAAUAGAACAAUAGAGCUGUCUGUUACCGACAAGCGUGAUUACAUUGGAGGAGUCGCUGGAUUGGCUGCAGAAACACGGUCUAGCAGCAUCCGGUCCCAGGCCUUUUCAAGGUACAUCCUCAACACCGUGACUGCCGAGGCCCUUGCCAGCAAGCGCUCAAAGGUCAACCCGGUGACCUUGGCCCAGGAGGCCCGUACCUUAGAGACUUGGAUAGACGGAAAGCAGAGAGAUGUCCUUGAUGCGGUUCAAAACGGGCUUCUCUGCGACUCUAUCAAGCUCUGUAAAGAGGUUUUGGAGCGUAUAUGCAAGGGAGACCGGGUGUCGAAGGCUCUUCAAGAUCUUCCACGUCGAAAAGCACAGUUUUACCUUUAUAUCGGGUGUACCUAUUUUCUCUUAGACCAACGUCAGACUGACCACUCGCGGUCAUGCCUUGCGAGUUUAAAGAACGCAGUCGACUAUGCCAAUCUGACGAAGGAUUCGGUUCUGAUACUGCAGUCUGUUCGUGAGCUUUCCAAGGCCAUGCUUAAUAUGGGACAGGCCUUCAAGGCGAUCGUGCCUCUUAAGAGCAUUCUGCGACAUUUUGAAGACAUUCCACUGCUGGAGGCAGAUACACUACUGUGCAUUGGGAGGGCAUACCAUGACGGGGGUGACUAUCUGAAUGGGCUCACAUACACCCACGAAGCUCUCGCUAUCUAUCAACGCCUCUACGUUAAUGAAGACGAGCUCCCGAUAGAUUUUCCUGGCAAGCGGUGCAAGUAUACUGUCUUCACAGAGCUGUCUCCGCGUCACAACUACUGCUUCUGCCUCUGUCUCAUCGGCCGGUGCCACUUAGCCCAAAAUGACAAAGCCCUAGCAAAGCAGUAUCUUGAGCAUUGCAAGAGCCUCGGAAAAUUAUGGAAAGACAGCACGGCAUGGCACACGGCCACGGAGCUGCUCAGAUUCAUUUAUUAG